GGACAGAGUGAGGGGCCUCGACACCAGUGACAAGAACUGAGCGUGAGAGGAAGUUCAGCGUUAGGGCGUGGUCAAUCAUCUAACCAACUUCCAGUUUCUCUCCGUUACGAGGAAACGGCAGAUGCUGCGCUUUGUUUGACUUUGAUGGAUGCAAUACGUAAGAUCAAAAUGAACAGCAAGAUCGUGUUGCGAGGGGCCGCCUUUUUUCUGUUUUUUGUCUUCAGAAGUUAUGCAUCUGAGAACAUGACAGAAACAAAGACACUGACACCACUGGAAAGCUCCGAACCUCCGCUUAAUAUCUCUGAAACCACAACCAUGGUUCAGGAUAAACUGAAUCUGACAGGAGUGACAACGAGCCCAGAUGCAGGGCAGUUAAACCUCACCACAACUGCGGGAAUCGCUGACAACUCUACGGUGACCUCAACUCCGACCUCCAAAAACACGUCAACCACACAGCCGGCCUCUAACACCAGCUCCAAUACUGUACCGCGGGUGACCUCUAACACCAGCUCCAAUAUUGUACCGCGGGUGACCUCUAACACCAGCUCCAAUAUUGUACCGCGGGUGGCCUCUAACACCAACUCCAAAACUGUACCGUGGGACAAGAGAUGGGACGAGCCGUUUCAUUACAACUACAACCAUCUACGUAACGUAGGGUUAGCCAUCGCCGCAGUUCUCUUUGUGGCGGGAAUCAUGGUGCUUGGUUGUGGCAAAGUGAAACGAAUGCCGCGGUGUCAUAUUGGCAAAGGAAGUUCAUACGAGGUGACCAGAAGUUAACACUGUUCCCGGCAUUGAUCAGCUGGCUUUGCAAUAAACAGAAGAACAGCAGGAGAACACAAAGGAGCCAGUCAGACCUGUUUCCACAACGGUUACAGACUUACAUUUCCCCCUUGUGAGAACAACAUCAUAAGGACAAGAUGGAGAGGUUGUGUGUGUGAGCGUGUUCAUUAUUUCAAACUGAUCUCCGGGUUUGUCACACAGAGGUGCCGGGGAAUAAGAUGUGUGCUAUCGUGCGGCACUAAACGCCAGCGGUAACACAACGGCUGGGACUUCGGCAGAUCCCAACGUAAUCACGCGUCUCAGACACAAAAUCCCUUCAUCCCUCUGCUCUCCUGCACCAAACUGCUCGGUUUAAGCGUCAAACUUUGUACAACAUAGACCUGUGCUUGUGUUUUAUUAUUAUUAUUAUUUCAAUACUGUGCAUCCUCAGAUGUGUCAAUCUUUUAGAAACAUAGAGAAGUGCUUCUGUAGCUCACAAGCGCCCUCAAGAGGCCUUCAGACACAUUUAUUAUGAGUUCUCCCAAGAGGAGAGAAUAAAAACAGUUUGACUAAUCUG